UCUUCGCCCCCCCCUUCCCCUCCCCCUUUUCCUCCUUCUCGCCCCGACUCCCCAACCCCUUUCCCCUCCUCCCAUCUCUCCUUAAACGGGAUUCCGGCUCGGGACGGCACCACCGGGCAUCCCGCGGCGGCAGCCCCCGGGGCUCCGGCAGGUCCCCGCUGUCCCUCCUCGCACACGCACACAUACACACACACACACUCACCCCACCCCGAGAAGCUGUGAGAAUUAUAACCCCCCUCCUCCCCACCCGUCCCCCGCUUCUCUCCCAUUAACCCCUCUCACCGGUGUGGCAAACCGAUCCGGGGGUGCCGUGUCCGCUCGAGAGGGCUCAACCCAAAGCAGCCCCCGGUCCCGGGGGGGGUGCGAUGAGGUAGAGGGCGGCGACGGAGAGCCCGGCCGGGGGCCGCGGCAGGAGGGCAUGAGGCGGAGAGCUGCGGGGAUGGGCGACAGCGCUCGCUGCUGAGAGCCGGCAGCGGCCAAGCUCCGAGGACGGCAGCCCGUACAGCUCCCAGGGAUCCGCUUUUCACCAUGGGAUUGCAGCUGGCGCUCCUGCUCGCAGGGAUCGUCGCGCUCUCGGACUCAGCGAGAGGCCCUCCGAGGAUUGCCGAUAAAGUGAUCCACCGUCAGUCUGUGAGGCUGGGCAGGACCAUCAAGCUCCUGUGCCCGGUGGAGGGUGAUCCCCCACCCCUCACCAUGUGGAUGAAGGACGGACGCACCAUCCACAGUGGCUGGACGAGGUUCCGGAUCCUUCAGCAAGGGCUGAAAAUCAAAGAGGUAGAGAGUGAAGACGCGGGAACCUACAUCUGCAAAGCCACCAAUGGUUUCGGCAGCACCAAUGUGAACUACACCCUCAUCGUGAUAGAUGAUACCAGCUCAGGAAAGAACAGCCAGACACCUGAAGGCUCUAAUGGAGAAUAUGAAGAUCAUUCUGGGAAGCAGUGGGCCCAGCCCAGGUUCACCCAGCCUGCAAAGAUGAGACGCAGAGUGAUCGCCCGUCCUGUCGGCAGCUCCAUCCGCCUGAAGUGUGUGGCCAGCGGCAACCCACGGCCCGACAUCACGUGGCUGAAGGACAAUAAGCCCCUCAUGCCCCAUGAGACUGGGGAGAACAAGAAGAAGAAGUGGACUCUGAACCUGAAGAAUCUGAAGCCAGAGGAUAGUGGGAAAUACACCUGCCGAGUGUUUAACAAAGUUGGGGAAAUCAAUGCGACUUACAAAGUUGAAGUGAUCCAGAGAACAAGAUCCAAGCCCAUCCUGACAGGGACACACCCCGUCAACACAACAGUAGACUACGGUGGGACCACAUCCUUCCAGUGUAAAGUCCGCAGUGAUGUCAAACCUGUCAUCCAGUGGCUGAAGCGAGUGGAGUAUGGCACAGAGAGCAAGUACAACUCUACCAUUGAUGUCGGGGGACAGAAGUUUGUAGUGCUACCCACGGGGGAGGUCUGGUCCCGUCCUGAUGGCUCCUACCUGAACAAACUGAUGAUUACUCGAGCCAAGGAAGAGGAUGCAGGGAUGUACAUUUGCUUAGGGGCAAACACCAUGGGCUACAGUUUUCGCAGUGCUUUUCUUACAGUCCUGCCAGAUCCCAAGCCUCCGAGUGCACCUGUGCCCCCCUCCUCAGCCAGCAGCCUUCCCUGGCCUGUGAUCAUCGGUAUCCCCGCUGGAGCGGUCUUCAUCUUUGGGACAAUCCUCCUGUGGCUUUGCCAGACCAAGAAGAAACCUUGCUCCCCACCAGCUGCUGCCCCUGUGCACCGGCCGCAGCCCCGGGACAGGAUCUGUGUUUCCCAAGUCCCAGACAAAGACUGCAUCUCCUCCAUAAACUAUGAGGAAUACGUCGCCCAGCAGCAGCAUUUACUGUCCCAAGGGCCUGCGCUUGCUCCAGCCAUGGCAUCCAAAAUGUACCCAAAGAUUUACACGGACAUCCACACCCACACCCACUCACACGUGGAAGGCAAAGUCCACCAGCACCAGCACAUUCAGUACCAGUGCUAAGAGGGCGGCCGUGUACAGAAGCUCACGUGGGCUUUUCCUCCUGGUACCUCAGAAGAGACUGCUCAAAGUCAGCUCACACUGCCAGCAAUAGGCAAAGCAGACAGAAAAGAUUAUAUAUAUGAUUUUAA